AUGUUUAGUUACAUCAACAAAUGUAUAAUACAUAACGACAUACAUAGUGUUCACCCUAGCCGCGUUUCUCUCCCAAACUCAAGAAUCGAGACAAUCACUAUCAACCAUAUCUCCGACGCCGGUGAAGUCGCGGCUUGCCGGCGUCGGACCGUCGGUCCUACUACUAGCGUCCUCUGUCCUUACUCGAAUGUUAUGGCUGUUGUUGGCUCGUUAUCAUUGCUCUUCUUCCAUUUCGGCCACCACAUGAGGAGGAAGACCACGACGGUUGGGCCUGGUGCAGUCUAUACUUUGCCUCGCCGGCGAGUUAGGUCUUCGGCAAGCGUUGUUGGUAAUCUUCUUACCUCUGGUUCAGAAUUUCUAUCGGUUUUAAACCGAAGCCUUGUCCUUAUGAACGCCGGCAAUAUUCAGCCUUUGCUGAUUGAAACCGCCGCUCCACCCCUGCAAAUUACUAUCGUCUUCUUUCUACUGCGAUUUGUUUUGAACUUCAUACCGUAA